AAAUUAUGAUUAUAUAUUGCUGCAAUGUUAAAUCGAAUUUUCGAUAAGAAAAAAGAGGUUAUGUUUUAAAGUAUCUUAUGAUCUCGUAAGAUUCUAGAUUUGUAAAUAGUUUAUUUCAUAAUUUAAAAUAUUGAUAGUUGGAAAAAAUUUAAAUAAUUUUUUAUUAUAUUUAUUAUAUUUGGCAAUGGAUGGUAUAGGAUUAUUUAAUACUUUUCUUCAAUCGCAUCGACCUCAAUUAGAAAUGUCUGGGGUGCCUAAAAUAUUUUGGCAAGUGUUAUUUAAAAAACUUCAAUGUCAAACUUUUGAUUCUGGGAUGGUAUUUCAGUUGGCAAGAAUUGAUUAUGAUGAUGCUGAAAGAAGUUCAAGAGACCCUAUUUGGAAACUUUUUGUUUCUUAUAAAAAUGGUAUUUCUGCUCAAGAUCCAAGUAAUAUUUAUUUAAUAGAUCAUGCAUGGACAUAUGAUAUUAAAAAUGCCAAACAAAAUUUAUCAACUAUACCAGGUUUAUUAGAUCGUAUGUGUUCCUUAAUGGGUUUUGAGAUUGAUUCAGAAGAAGAUGAAAAAAUAGAUUUUGUAUUGAAUGAAAUGUGGAAAUAUAAUCAAUCUUUUUCUUUAAAUAGCGGAUCAAUAGAGGAUAGAAUGCCAGUUUGGUACAUUAUGGAUGAAGUGGGAUCAGCAAUAAAUCAUAGCGAUGAUCCUAACUUUAGAACAGUGCCUUUCUUAUAUUUACCAGAAGGUAUUACUUAUACACUUUUGUUUCCUAUAAAAGAUGUUGAUUAUGAUGAAGAAGUUACAAGAGAUUUUGUAGAAGGUCAAACAAAUGAUCAAAAAAAACGAAGAGCUUUACUGUUACCUUGGAUAGAAACAUCAUUUCUUGGAGAAAGUUUUGCACAAGUAGAACCCGAUGAGAAUUACUUUUUAGCAGGUCAUAUUCGUGAAAGUCUGCCAGAAAAAGUAGAUCCACAAUUACCUCAAAGAGAUAGAAAUACAAAAUUAAAAGUUUUUUCACAGUAUACAUACGUAAAUGAAUAUUUGAAUGAUUCCGCAUUUGAAAUCGUAAAUAAUGAAGAUCACGCGGAUAUUUUGUGGUAUACUUCACACUUUAAAGAAUAUAAAGAAUUAAGCAUCCGAUCGCCAAAUGUUUUUGUAAAUCAAUUUCCAUUUGAAAAUGUUUUAACAAUUAAAGAUUUAUUAUCAAUUGUAUGCAGAAGAAAAGCAGGUAAAAAAUCUUACGAUCCCGGCACACUUGAAACUUAUCCAACAUGGUUACCAACUACUUAUAAUUUAAGCAUAGAAUUAGUGCAAUUUGUCACAUAUUUUGAACAAAGGGAAUCAAUGGGUUUAGAUAAUCAUUGGAUUUGUAAGCCUUGGAAUCUUGCUAGAGGAUUAGAUACGCAUAUUACGAAAAACUUAUUCCAUAUUUUACGGUUACCUAGCACAGGACCAAAGAUUGCCCAAAAAUAUAUAACAAAUCCAGUUUUGUACGAGAGGCUGGAAAUCGGAAAAGUUAAGUUCGAUGUGCGAUAUAUAGUAAUGCUCAAAUCUGUAAAUCCUUUAAGAGUUUUUGUUUACAAAAAUUUCUUUCUAAGAUUUGCAAAUAAAGAAUUUGCUUUAAAUAAUUUCGAUGUAUACGAACAACAUUUUACAGUCAUGAAUUAUUCAGAGGACACUCCACUUUGUCACGUAAAAUGCGCAGAUUUUAUCAUAGAAUGGGAAAGGCAGUAUCCUGACUUUUCGUGGCGAGAGCACGUCGAACCAAAAAUUUUGCACAUGUUCCGUGAAAUAUUCGAGGCUGCAAUUGCAGAAAAACCACCGAGAGGAAUUGCGGAAAGCUCGAUAAGUAGAGCUGUAUAUGCUAUCGAUUUGAUUCUUGAAUGGAAACAGGAAACGAUACAGCCUAUGCUACUCGAGGUUAACUUUUCGCCUGAUUGUAAAAGAGCUUGCGAAUAUUAUCCAAAUUUCUAUAAUGAUAUAUUCAAAUGUUUAUUUUUAAAUGUUGAUAAUCCAGAAAUAUUUCACGACUUGUGCAUGGAAUAGAAUUAAGUUCUCCAUGAAAUACGAUGGCCUAAAAGCAUGUACGAAUUAUAAAUAUCGAGAAGCUAUUAACGAUCGUUUUAUGGUCGCCGUUGUGACCAAAUAUAUUUAUUUAUUUAAAGCAAGCGAGUUCCGCAUUUCGUAUGCGGUAAUGAGCUGAAGUAGCUCCAAUAAAUCUGCAUAUGCGAACGUUAAGGGUACAUUUGUUUCAUAAAUAAUUUGUACCAUAACUUGACAACGAGAAGACUAUUCGUAGUAUCUAAUGGAAUAAUAAACGAGAGAACAAUUGAAACAGCUUCGCAACAGCUUGCUUCGGACACCGCGUAUAUAUUUAUUAUAUGUAACAAUAUAUAAUUAAUGAAAAAUGAUGAUGAUCCAAAUUUUUCAGUGAUAUUUUUUCCGACAUAAAUGGGUAAUAAAGACUGAUAUAUCGAAGCAUAUGAAA